AUGCCACCAGUGGCCGAUUUGACCGUUGAUAACAGCGCCGAAGCUGUGGCGAAGGCCAAAUGGGAGCGUCAUACAUCGAUAAACGCGAAGACGGCGCCACACAGCCUGUUUGGUGAGGACAGAUGGUUCACCGGAAAGGCGCCACAGCCAGGGGUCUGUCCCGGAGUAAAUGAGGCUGGAGUAAUCUCAAAACUCCCGCUGCCCAACUUGGCGACAACUGGCCGGGCGGAGAUGCAGCAGUAUUUUGAUAAUACAUGGACUUUAUAUGAAACGCUGUUCGCCGGCCUGCGUACGAGGUCAGCCUUCUAUCGCCAGCCGGACCAUAAGUUGCGCCAUCCGCUCAUCUUCUACUACGGUCAUACCGCCGCCGUAUACAUCAACAAGCUAAGGGUUGCUGGGCUGGUCGACAGCCCCGUCAACACUCACUUCGAAGCCCUGCUAGAGGUUGGCGUGGACGAGAACUCCUGGGAUGACCUGUCGACCGAUGAGACCGAGUGGCCGGAGCUCGAUGAAGUACACGCCUACAGGGCCAAGGUGUACACCGUCGUCAGUGAUGUUAUCGCCAACACUGAGUUUGGUGCUGAAAUGGGGCGGCCCGUCAAUAUGAAUGACAAAGCCUGGGCGAUUGUCCUCGCUCUUGAACACGAUGGAAUCCACCUGGAUACUAGUUCAGUGCUCAUUCGAGAGUCUCCUGUCGAUCUGCUCUCUCGACAUCCAGCUUGGCCUGCACCAUCGACUUCUGCCCGUACUUCUCAGGAGGAGAGGUUGGUGCCAGAUAACGACAUGGUCAGCGUUCCCGCUGGUAAGGUUGUUAUGGGGAAGCCAAACGAUUUCCCUUCAUUUGGAUGGGACAACGAGUACGGCCAUAAGCGUGUCGAGGUGAGCGCCUUCGAAGCAAGCAGAUACCUGAUUAGUAACGGAGAGUUCUACGACUUUGUUGCCGAUGGUGGCUACCGCGAGCAGCUGUACUGGUCCGAGAGUGGAUGGGGACAGCGACGUCUGAAUAACACUAAACACCCGCGCUUUUGGGUUCGGGACGGCCCGGCCGGGCUCCACACUUAUCGCCUGCGCACGAUCUUUGAUGAAGUGACGAUGCCCUGGGACUGGCCAGUCUGUGUCAACUACCAUGAAGCCAAAGCAUACUGCACCUGGCGUAGCAAGCGCAGUGGCCGAUCAUACAGGCUCAUCUCUGAAGUCGAGCAUCACCGCAUGCGAGACCCCUUGCCAGAGAAACCAGGUCCUCAGGACGACCCUGUUAUGUGCAUGGACGGUCACGCACUUGCACAAAAGGGCGUCAAUCUUAAUCUGGCCUUUGGAUCUGAGACUCCAACGGAUGCCUCCCCGCCCACAGCAAUGGGGUUCGGAGAUGUCUUUGGUAACGUCUGGCAGUGGUGCGAAGACGCCUUUGCCCCACUGCCUGGAUUUGCCGUUCACCCUUACUACGAGGAUUUCAGCACCCCCUUUUAUGGGGGUGAGCAUCAACUUCUUCUUGGUGGUGCUUUUGCUGCUACGGGCGAUGAGGCCAGUAUCUGGGGUAGGAUCCCUUUUAGACCUCACUUCCUACAGCACUCUGGUAUCAGACUUGCUCUCUCUGCAGGAAGCAAGAUUGAAAAGCCAAAAGCCAUCAAGCAAGAUGAAGCUGUCGCUGAAGUUGACGUUGAUGCCAAUACCCGCCGCGAGCUGAACCAACGCAUGCUCUUGCAUUAUGGCUCUAUGGCUGAGACACUUGGUCCUGCAGUGUUAGACACCGCCGGACUCAGCCUAUGCCAUAACUAUGUGCACCGUGUAGUUGAGCUCCUCGUGGAUACAGCUCGCGCCCAAGGCCUACAACUUCAGUCUGCGCUUGAUGUAAGAUGCGCUGUUGGCGGUACAACGUUUGGGCUAAGCAAGUACUUCAACACUGUGGUUGGAGUUGACCCGAACCAAGCCUUCAUUACCGCAGCAAAUACCAUGGCCCGGUCAGGAAGCAGGAUGUAUGAGCGACGUGACAAUGGUGGGCGUAUGACAAACUUGUGUGCUCGACUUGAUACAGCGGCACACCCUGAGAGAGUCACUUUCCAGACAGCCGACGUUUGUUCUCUUCCAUCCGAGCUUACCGGCUUCGAUGCGGUGUUGUUGGCUGACGCUUCACCAAGCCCCUUGUCUGACCCAGAUGCUUUCAUAGAGCGUAUGGCAGGACCACAUUCCAUAGUCCGGCCCGGAGGAUUAGUACUUCUUUCAGAUGAAAUUUUGAAUAGCCCAACAUUGUCAGAGUCACACACACACAGCUCCUCUAAUGGUAAGAAAUUACCGGCCGAGUACGAGCUGCUUCGUGUCUGUGAUCUUUCAAUACUACUUCGAGAAAAUGACCGUCAUUUUCAGCACAUUAUACCUCGAAUUAGCAUUUGGCAACGCAGCAUGACAGCAGCGAUCUAG